AUGUCGUACCCUUCAGCAGCUCCUUUUAUCCUCAGGCGGCCGUGGCUCAAGAAGCUGCUCAUGCCCGUGGCUGAGUGGCACGCAAAUGCUGCCGGCUACCGUCAGAUGGGUCUCAGGGCCGAUGACCUGAUUCCCGAGGAGAGCGAGACUGUUCAGACCGCCAUCAAGCGCCUCGACCCCAAGGAGAACUACGACCGCAUCUUCAGGCUCCGCCGUGCCGCACAGCUCAGCUUAUCGCACCAAUUGCUACCCAAGAGCGAGUGGACCAAGCCAGAGCAGGACGUCCCCUACCUUCUGCCGAUUAUCAAGCGCGUCGAGGCCGAGCUCGCUGAAAAGGCCGCCCUCGAUGCCGCCGAGGUCCUUCCCAAGGGCGCUCACUAG